UUUGAAAUUUAUAUCGACACGAAUAAUUGGUACUUUAAUGACGUCUUGUCGGUGGUUGACUAUGGGACGCGAUCCGGCGAUAGCUUCGGACUAAUCAACCAUCAAGGUUCCGACCUGACUCCAGCACCCUGACAUCUUUGGAUAUCUCCCUAUUAUCUUCACAUCUCUUCUCCUACAUCCAAGUCAUCUCCUAGGUAUACGCAUACAUCAUGUCGUCUCCUGUACCGGCAGGCAGAGCCCUACAUGGGCGGAAAGCGUCCGAGACGACCGCAACGAGAGUUGAGCCCAAGCAGUCGAAGAAGUCACCAUCCCAACCCGAAGUCCACUUCACCACUUUGAUCAGACUCCCGUUCGACAGAGGAGAUUUUGUAGACCCCCCUCAGGUUCAAUGGGACGCCGCCAAAGACAAGUCGCUAUGGAAGGUCAUCUCUCGAUCUUCAACAACGGAUCUGAACUGGGAAGAUCUCGCCACGAAGCUCGACGUCCCUCAGCCUUUCCUCCUUCAACAAGCGGCAUGGCUAUAUGAGCGACACCUAUCCCAUGUUCGUGCUCAGAUGCGGAAAGUCAAUCCAAUAAAUCCCCCAGCGGGUGUCUUGGGCUCGGGCAGCAUAUCAGCAGCUUCACCCGUGGGGCCACCGGGAAAGCCAGCCCCCGGGUCAAGAGCACCAAGUGCUCUCUCAGUCCGGACGCGGGAUAUAGGUCAAGCAGAAUGGAGCGGUCCCGGAACUCCGAGGCCAGCUGCCCCUUCAAGGCAUCCCUCAACGAGCACUGUGACCGAAAGCCGGCAAUUUGUCCCGGCAAGUCCAAGACAACCAGUGAGACAACUGCGCGGCUCGUUCGGCGCCGGUCGAAGACCCGAUAUUGCUCUUUCUUCAAGAACAGCAGCGGCUCACGCGCAGAACCGGUCCCCUCCACGAUCUCCUUCACUCUCGUCCUCCUUAUCCUCCACAAGCUCAUCAGAUGACGAGGCUCCGCCACAGCGCUCGCAGUUCCUAAGACGGCCACCUCGAUUCAAGCCGAACAAAGCGCCACUCAGUACCUUGGACUCGGACGGUGAGGGCGACGCCGACUCAGAUUCAGAGGAUUCGCUGCCAUUCGCCGCGGCAGCAGCGACAGGUGGCGACAGAACACGCUCCAAAAUACCCGAUGUCCGACCUGCGGAUCUCGGAGCCACGGUUCGCGAAACCCGAUCGCAGGCUCCUUCACUGAGCUCGUCCGCCACGGAGCCAUCGUCCUCGCCUGCGCGAACCACCGCGAAAGGCAAAGCCCGGAUCCCCAACAUCGAUUCCUCCACCGCAUCCACCAGCUCCGCGAGUUCCGCCCCCGGACCCUCCGGCACCAACCCGCCCGCCUCCCAACCCCCAGGCCCCCUCAGUCCCCGCCACCGGGCCAACCUCGCGCGCCUGAACCGGAAAGACCGCCACAGCGACGGAACGCCGAGCAUGGGGAGCAGCUUCAGCGACCUGGACGGUGAGUUCCCCUCCUCCCCCUCCGCAUCCUCCAUCCCCGCGGUGCCGAACGGGCCGAGUACGGGCCCGCUUGCGCAGGCCCUGUUGCUAUCCUCGCAGGCGACGGCGGUGAAGAAUGUCACGCGAAAGAAUGCGACCCGGCUGACGAAGAUGUGGAAUUGAUGAGGUAAAGAUGCGAGCGUGACACAGAGUGCUUUGGAAGAGGCGCUGUUGAGCAACAUGAGACACGGUGGGAUGACGAGUCGGAUGAGCUCCUUGAGCCAGGCGUUGAAGUCGAAGUACCUUUAAAGGGUUUCAGGGAAUGACGAUAGCGAUCGAAUGUAUUAGCGACAAGGACCAUGGAGUUUGGGCUGGGAUACGAUAUUUCGUUCAGAAGCUGCUCGGUUUUGCUUCCUUUGACAAUCACGUUAUGACAUGGUCAGGAUGCGGAUGGAACGACUGGUUCUUGGAUUAGUCCCAGGAGAAGGAUGACUAUAAAUAAAUACAGGUAAUCUAAUCAUGAACCACGCUCUGACGCGGCAUUCUGUA